ACAAAGUAUUUCGCAGGUGGACAUUAAGAAAAAGACGCCUUUGUCAAAAGCAUAUGCGUGGAAUAUUCUUGCUCCGCUGACCAUGGAGUCUAUGGUGGCCUUAAUACCAGGGAAGAAGAGGCGAAUGGGCAGCAAGGGGACUCCUGAGACGAGCAUGGGCAUCAGGGAGGAGGCGGAGCUGUCGAUCAUAUGCAACUGCUCUCCCUUUGUCCGUCGCUGAGUUGUGGGAUGAGAUGCCUUUGUCCGUGGGCAACGAAGGCUGCUUGUAUCUGAGGCUAGGAUAGAUCCUCCUCUUCUCCACCUUCCUUCUCUUUAUGCCCGUCAGCAUCGAGUUCUAUAGGCAAACCGCCUUCUGGUGUUCUUUGUUGUGCUUUCCUGUCUUUUUGGUUGAUAGAAAGCAUCGUGCAAGAAGGAGAUGUCGAUGAUAGCUGACGCCUUCGUCUCUAAGCUCCUUGAUGGCUUGGCCUCGGUGAAGGAUGAGGUGGCCCGGCUCUUAGGUGUGACCGAUGAGAUCGCACGGCUCCAAGAAACUCUUCAAACAAUAAAAGCCGUCCUCGCCGAUGCCGAGAGGAAAAAGAUUCAGAGCGAAGCCAUAAAUAACUGGCUCAAGAAGCUCAAGGACGUCAUGUACGACGCUGACGACAUCCUCGAUGAAUGCCGGUUCGAGGCCGAGAAAUCUAAAGUUGCAAACCCCUCCAGACCUCAACCUUCCUCUUAUUUUUCUGUUGGGAUGUCAGUAUUCAAGAAGAUGAGGUUUACUCACCAGAUUGAUAGGAGAAUCCAUGAACUCAAUCAGAGGCUAGAGAACCUCUUGGCAGAGAAAUCUAAAUUUGAUCUCCACCCCUCUUCUGCCGGCCGUGAGGACCACCAAUCCACUUCUAAAGUUAGCAGGAUGACAUCUUCCAUACCGGAGCCUGAUAUCGUGGGGUCAAACGUCGAGCAGGAUACUGGCAAACUGGUGGAGUUGUUGAUUAAGGAGGACACUCGAGAAAACAUUCUUAUAUUUGCCAUCGUUGGAGUUGGUGGAAUUGGCAAGACCACUUUUGCUCGAAAGAUUUUUAACGACGAAAGGAUAGCAGCCAACUUCCCGAUGAAGCUCUGGGUCUGCGUGUCCAAAGAUUUUGAAGAAACUAAUCUGCUGAAAGACAUCAUCACUCAGGCAGGGCACAGUCCAGGAGGCUCCUCUAGCAGAUCACUGCUCGAGCCCAUGGUUCGAGAGGCUGUCACAAAUAAGAAAUUCUUGCUUGUCUUGGAUGACUCAUGGGACCAAAAAGUAUGGAAUGAUUUACUCCGAAACCCCUUGCAGAGUGGGGCAACGGGAAGUAGAGUCCUAGUGACCACAAGAAACAAAGGGGUUGCAUUGCAAAUGAAGACUGUAGAAUCUCAUCAAGUGGAGCUCUUGUCUGCUGAAGAUGGUUGGGUGCUGCUGCGCAAGGUGGUGGUUUUGAGUGGGCAGGAGAGAGAGAUCGAAGAUCUAAAGGAUAUCGGAGAGAAGAUUGUUGACAAAUGUGGCCGCCUCCCUCUUGCUAUCAAGACCAUUGGAGGAGUAUUAUCAAGGAAGAGAAGGAACAAGAAAGAUUGGGAGAAAGUGCUUGAAGUCCUUUCAAACAAUGCUUGGACCGGCCUUCUCGAAGAGUCUCAACCGGCACUAUACUUGAGUUAUGAAGACCUGCCAUCUCAUCUUAAGCAGUGCUUUUUAUAUUGCUCGCUGUUCCCUGAGGACUGUAUGUUGGAUCGUCACAAACUAAUUCGUUUGUGGAUCUCUGAAGGGUUCAUCCAUGAAGAGGGAGAUCUAACAUUGGAAGAGUUAGGUGAAGAUUAUUAUGGGGAUCUUGUUCAGAGGAGUUUAUUGCAACCAGAUCCUUGGUGUGAUGAUCAUAAUCCUAGAUGCACUAUGCAUGAUCUACUAUGGUCUCUUGCUCGAUUUUUAGCACGAGAUGAGAACCUUUUUGUGGAAAGUGGGGUUGAAGUCGUAAAUAGUUCAUCUUCAGUACUGAAGCCACGUCGCUUACAGAGUUGCGUUUCAGAAGAAAAGCGACAAGAAUUUAUUGAUGCAUUGGAAGGGUGCAAAUCCUUGAGGACUCUACUGUUGAGAGGAUCACGGGUGGAAGAGAAUGAUGCCAACAAUCUGAUUAAGAAGACACCGCGCUUGAGAGUACUAGACUUUUCAAGCUCUAAUAUCACAAAAUUGCCAGACUCCUUGGAAAAUCUCAUACAUCUACGUUAUUUAGAUUUGUCAUGGUCUGGCAUAAGCGAGCUACCAGAGAGCAUGGGAAACCUUGUAAAUCUGCAGUUCUUGAUGCUCUUUGGCUGCAAAAAUCUACGCAGCCUUCCUAAAGGCAUCGGAAAGUUGCGCAACUUGCGGUGUCUUGAUCUUUUUGAAACAGAACUGGAGGGUAUACCUAUUGAAAUUGCAAACUUGCAUCGACUAAACACACUGAUGAAUUUCACGGUCAGGAACAACAAUAGCAAUAGUGGUUGGUGUACAGUGGAAGAAUUGAAGCCUCUACAAAAGCUUAAAGUGCUCCAUAUCGUGAAGCUGGAGAGGGCAUUGAAUGAGGAUGAGGUUAGAGGAGUAAAUGCACUGAGGGACAUGUUGCAGCUUGAAGUGCUACAUUUGUCGUGCGAACCUUUCAGAGUUGAUGAUGAUGGACAAGUAUGUGAUUACAGAGAAGAGGAGAUGCAAAGAAUCGAGGAGGUCUUUGAGGUGACGCUCUGCCCACCGUCACCGUCGCGCCUAGAAUCUCUUACAAUCUAUGGUUUCUUUGGACUCCAUCACCCGAGUUGGAUGGCAUCUAGCACUACGGACUCGCUCUUCUCUGGGCUAAGACGGUUGGAACUCUUAUUAUGUCUGUUUUGCCCGCGACUUCCACCAUUAGGGAAGCUCCCCAAUUUGGAUUACCUCCACAUAAACUGUGCACAUGCUGUCAAAAGGAUCGGGGCCGAAUUUUUGGGUAGCAGAGAUCAAGGAGGCAGGAUACAAAUUUCAUUCCCUAAGUUAACAACAUUGAUGUUUUUUAACAUGGACAAUUGGGAGGAAUGGGAAUGGGAGGUAAAGGAUGAUGACAGACUAACAGCGUUACCAAACUUAAAACAAUUGACACUUUUUUCGUGUCCAAAGUUGAGGUCUCUUCCUUCUGGCCUUGUUCACUAUGCCACUGCCCUCACAAAGCUGGAAAUACGAAAAUGCGGAAGUCUAAAGGCAAUUAGGGGCUUUUCCUCUGUCAAAGAAUUGGAAAUAUCUUGGAGCCCUAAUCUAGAGUGUGCUUCAGACCUUCCUAGCUUGGAAAGGUUGACGUUGCUUGAUGAGGAAAUGAGGUCCCUACCGGAGUGGUUACAUGGAGGACAACCUGAAUUCCCUGUGCUCAACACGCUUCAAAUCAAGGUCAGUGACCAACUACUCCGCAGAUGCCUCAAGAAUGGCUUAGAUUGGCCCAAGAUUGAACAUAUCCCCUACGUAUAUGGCAAGAAUGAAUAUGGAUCCAGAUACAUCUCCAAGAGUCCCUCUGCGUUCAGCACCAACUUAAAUGAUGAUGUUGAAGAUGAGUAGACGCGCACGAGGUUCUCUCUUCGCAAUGAGGCUCUUUAUGUUUCACUUAAUGGGCUAUACAUUGGUUAACAGGGGGCCAAUCAGCAUCAAAGAUUUAGUGAGAGAGUACAAAUCUGAACAAUUCUAUUUAUGUUGCUUAUUAUUCAUGGAAGGAUUGGUCUGUUAUAUUGGAAAAUUAACAACAAAUGACUGCUCCUCUUUCUGCACCAAAUGGCAUGCUGAUCCAAUCAUGUGGCGGAUUGUAUGGCAAUCGUUUGUUUGGUACAAACACAAGUCUGGAGGAUUUAAUUAAUUUUAUCUAUGCUUCAUUUGCACCUGUGCCAAUACCAGUUUGUGUAUCAAUGUUAUGGUGGCACAUUCAGUUUACUUUAUCAUGCUAAUGUAUUUCUUUUGUGCAACGUCCUGUCCUAUGUGCACAUUCAAGAAACUGAUCCAGCUGAGGUAGUAUGGAUAGCUCAAGACUUUGUUCAACUGAUAUGGGGUUAUCAUUACGACAGUAUCACUAGUCUCUCUAUGCAUCCUUGUAAUUCAUUAUAUCUUCAGCAACCUCCAUGCAUUGUCUCUACCAACAGUAGUGGCUCUGAAUUGGGGUUCAAUGGCCAAUGUUCUUUCAUUCAACAACAGUGGUGUACCUGACAUGUAAUGAAGACGUUUCCUCACCAAAAGGAUAAAAUAAAAUCGUGACAGAAAAAUAA